AUGUGGCACCGAAGCUUCCUUUCACAUUCCACAGGCAUUGCCUUCGGGCUCCUCUUGUCCUUGCCUCUGGCGGCAGCUCAAAGUAUAGGUGCCUUGCGAGGGGCUCUCCAGACUGCUGGUGUCGAGGCGGUUUUUGAUGGUGAUGCAGCGUAUGCUAACGCUAGCAUGGCAUUUAACCUGCGCUACACCAUCUCCCCCGUUGGGAUUACAUAUCCAACCACUCCAGAGCAAGUUGGCGCUGUCGUUGCCGCAGGUGCAGCGCAACACUACGCUGUCACGGCACGCAGUGGAGGGCAUAGUUACGUCGCAGGGGGGCUUGGCGGGGAAGAUGGAGCUGUAGUCGUCGACUUGAGCAACUUCAAGAGUAUCGAGGUAGACGAGGUCGCUGACACGGUCGAAGUCGGAGCGGGAAAUCGACUGGGUGACGUCGCGCUACGUCUCAAUGAUUUUGGAAGAGCACUUCCUCACGGGCGCUGCACAACCGUUGGGUACGUCUCACCGAUUAUCCCUGGCGGUGGAUUUGGCUUCCAGUCUCGCAUGUGGGGCCUGCUACUUGACCGAGUGGUGUCCGAGACUGUUGUCCUCGGAAACGGAUCGGUCGUUCAAGCGUCGAAGGACGAGAACGCAGAUCUGUUCUGGGGUCUCCGCGGCGCUGGCGCUUCGCUAGGCAUCGUCACUUCCUUCGUCUUUGCUACAGAGCCCGCGCCUCCACAAGGGACCGCCUUCUGGUACAACUGGGAUUUCACGGCCGCGGAAGCCGCACGCGCUAUCGCAUCUUUCCAAGACUUCGUCCAGACCGACAUUCCACCGACUCUCGGAGGUGAGCUCGUGCUCAAUAAAAGCUCCACCUUUGGGAAUGUCGCCGUACAGUACUUCGGUGUCUAUUUAGAUGAUCCGGCAACGUUCGACAAGACGGUGGCACCCUACUUGGACCUCUUCCCUGAACCUGACAGCAAGAACAUCACGCAAGGCGACUGGAUUACUGUCUUCGCGGCGUGGGCAUCUGGAAACCUGAACACGAGCACGAUGCCACCGCAGCAUAAUACAUUCUACGUCAAGUCUAUCUUCACCCCGGAGAAGGAAGGUAUAAGCCAGUCGGCGAUCGACGCGCUCACCAAAUAUCUUUCCACCACUGGCUUCGAUACGGACCUGUCGUGGUUCAUCGAGGUAGAGACAUACGGCGGUAGUAACUCUGCCAUCAGUGCUGUACCGGUCAACGAUACAGCAUUCGUUCACCGCAACAAGUUGUUCAAUCUCCAGCUGUACGCGUAUUCGCAAGACGAAUUGCCGCCCUACCCUGAUGACGGCUUCGCCUUCGUUGAUGGCAUGGCCGACAGCAUCCUCUCGAACGAGGCGGCGGACUGGCCUUGGGGUUCCUACGUGAAUUAUCCUGACGACCGUCUCGAGAACUGGCAAACGUUGUAUUACGGCGAACACUACGAACGGCUCACUAAGCUGAAGAACGCCUAUGACCCGGGCAACGUCUUCCAAUUCCCGCAUUCCGUUGAGGAGAGACCGUAGAUAUACCAGAGGCGCAUGUCAUAGACAAGGUAUAGAUUGGAAUGAUCACCGG